AGAGUGCAGGGAGACACAGACAAAGCAAGCUUGAACCUUCUGGUAAGCAAGCCAGGAGACCUUUUGUGGCUUUGUUUUGAUUUAAUAAUCCUCUCAAGUGGUACUUUGUGACAACAGAGCGAAAGAAGCUGGUUGCAGUCAGGAUGAAGCUGUCAAUAUUGUGUUCAUGUGUGCUUCAUCUGGCCUUUGUCAGCGGGGGACUUCUCACCAGCAAUGAUCUCCAAAGAGGCAGCCGUGAAUUGACAAAGAUCUCCAGCAGGGCAGGCAACUUUCCAAACAGAUAUCGAACACUCUUUGCAAGAAGAGGCCAAUAUGAACAGCAGAAGCUUCUGAUGAUGAGGCCCAAAGGUGUGCCAGUACAUUCAGAGGAAACUUCUACCAAGGCAGCAGCACCCAAACCGGCUUCCACCACAUGUUCCCAGUUGGGGCAAAGCUGUUUGCCCCAUCAGGGCUGCUGUGAGCCGUGUUCCACGUGCCACUGCCACUUCUUCAAAGCCAUCUGCUUCUGCAGAAGGAUAAAUAUGAAAUGCGCCAAAAAUACAUAAAACGUGUCGUAAAAUAUAAUACAAAUGUUAAUGCAACUCGGAGUUGAUUAGCUAUAUCACUGUUGUGUUCAAUCAAACAUUUCAUUUCUCAAGUUAGUUCACUUUGAAGGACUUUAUAUAACAUUUUAUGAAAGGCAACCGCUUGCACAAAAUUAUGCUAUUGUACUAUUGUCAGUAUUUCUUUGUACUUUUAAUAUAAUUUUAUGAUAUUGUUUGCAGGAGUGAUUGUAAGUGUGUGUCCAGUAUUAUUUUACAAAACACGGGAGGCUUCCAAAGUACGAAGACAUCCAAGAACUGUAUUUUCCAUACCUUCUAUGACUGAAACUGCUGAAAUUUGUGUGUUUGUGUAAGGGAUUUAAAUACAGCAAUGGAAAAAAGAAA